AUGGAGCAAUCAAGAAAGCAUUUGGAAGUGUCUAGUUCUUUUUUUCUUGUUUAUGUUGAAGUUAUAAUUCUUCUCUCAUGCUUCAACUUGCAGGGUCUUAAUUUGCUUGGUUUAGCAAGCCCUGUAGCUGGAGGAAAUGAAACUGAUCAACAAGUUUUACUCCAGUUCAAAGCAAAGAUAUUUGGUGAUCAGCUCAGAUCCUGGAAUAGUUCCAUUCACUUCUGUCAGUGGCUUGGUGUUACAUGCGGUCGCAAGCAUCAGAGAGUCACCAGGUUGGAGUUGCAAUUCCAGAAACUAUCGGGAUCAUUGUCACCGUACAUUGGAAAUUUGAGCUUUCUCAGGGAGUUGAAUCUUUCGGGCAACAACUUCCGCGAUGAUAUUCCACAAGAAAUUGGUGGUUUAAGAAGAUUGGAAACAUUAAGUCUGAUUAAUAACUCCCUCAGUGGUGAAAUUCCUUCGAAUUUAUCUGCUUGUUCUAAGCUUACAUUAGUUGAUAUGACAGGCAACCAACUAACAGGAGAAAUACCAUCUGUGCUGGGUUCCUUGUCAAACCUGAAAGUCUUGAAUCUUCAAAAUAACAGUUUGAGAGGGAGCAUCCCACCUUCGUUGGGGAACUUGUCAUCCCUGGAAGUACUUUCUUUGGCGAUUAAUAGAUUAACUGGGAUCAUACCUGAAGCUUUUCGACAGCUGACAAAUCUUUCAGAUUUCUCGGUAGCACAAAAUGCAAUUUCUGGUAUUGUUCCUGUUGCAAUGUUCAACCUCUCCAAUAUUAGAAUCUUUAAUAUUGGUCAAAACAAGAUUCAAGGUACCCUUCAUUCUGACAUAUCAAUCACCAUGCCAUAUGUUGAGUUCUUUUCCAUUACUGGAAAUCAAAUCUCUGGACAAAUCCCUCUCUUAAUAUCCAAUGCCUCAAAUCUGAAUGUACUUCACUUAGCGGAUAACAAACUCAGUGGAAAUGUGCCUUCAUUAGAAAAGCUGAAUAAGCUGUAUAAAUGUGCCCUAGCCAUAAACCAUUUGGGUCAUGGGGAAGAAGGUGACUUGAAUUUUUUGUGCACUUUAGUUAAUAAUACCAAGCUAGAAUUUCUAUAUCUAAUCCAAAAUAAUUUUGGAGGUGUAUUUCCAGAAUGCAUUAGCAAUUAUUCUAGCACCCUUUUACAUUUAGUAAUAGGAGAGAACAAAAUAUCAGGAAGAAUCCCAGAUGGGAUUGGAAAUCUCAUCAAUUUAGAGUUUCUAGCAAUAGCACAAAAUCAACUAUCAGGUCACAUUCCCUUUGACAUCGGGAGACUACAGAAACUAAAGAUAUUUUCUGCUGAUAAUAAUUUUCUCUCUGGGAUUAUUCCUUAUUCUAUUGGAAAUUUAACAAUGUUAACCAAACUUGGUUUAGGUGUUAACAAUCUUCAAGGCAACAUUCCUUCUAGUCUAGGUAAGUGCCUAAAUUUGCUUGAAAUUGAUAUUUCUUUCAACAAUCUUAAUGGAUCAAUUCCGCGUGAAGUACUUGGGCUUUCAUCCUUGUCCAUUGAACUAGACUUAUCAUCAAACUAUUUGACUGGUCAGCUUCCCGUUGAAGUAGAAAAACUGAAAAAUCUGGGUUACUUGGAUGUUUCUCAAAACAAGUUAUCUGGUUUGCUUCCAAACAAUCUUGGUAGCUGUGUAAGUAUGGAGAAGCUGCUCUUGGAUGGCAAUUUUUUUGAAGGGUCCAUUCCUUCAUCUUUGAGUUCAUUAAAAGGUCUUGAGGCACUGGAUGUAUCUAACAAUAAUCUUUCAGGUGGGAUUCCUGAAUUUCUUGUGAAAUUUGGGGCAUUAAAAUAUUUAAAUCUCUCUUUCAAUGAUUUUGAGGGAGCGGUACCAAGUGAAGGAGUCUUUAAAAAUGCAAGUGCUACAUUUGUUGAGGGAAACAAUAAACUUUGUGGAGGCAUUCCUGAGUUACACUUGUCUAGAUGUAACUCAAAACCAUCAUCAAAUACUUCUCUUAGAUUAAAAAUUGCAAUAGUUGUUGUGAUUUUAGGAGUGACUUUUCUAUUCUCUUUUCUCCUCAUCAUGUGGUUUAGAAAGAAGAAAGAGAAGCAGUCAACAACUUGUGUAGAAAGUUCCCUUUUACAGUUAUCAUACCAAAGCAUCCUAAGGGCUACGGAUGGAUUCUCCACGCAGAAUUUGGUUGGUUCAGGAAGCUUUGGUUCUGUAUACAAAGGAGUUCUUGAAGCUAGUGGAGCAGUUAUUGCAGUGAAGGUGCUUAAUCUUCUGAAUCGUGGAGCUUCCAGGAGUUUCCUGGCUGAAUGCGAGGCCUUGAAGAACAUUCGACAUCGAAAUCUUGUCAAGGUAACAGCUAUUUCAGGAGUCAAUUACCAAGGCAAUGAUUUUAAAGCCUUGGUUUAUGAGUUCAUGGAAAAUGGAAGCUUGGAGGACUGGUUGCAUCCAUUUAUUGGCAUGAAUGAACCAGAGACGGCUAGAAACCUAAACUUCUUCCAAAGAGUAAGUGUGGCCAUAGAUGUUGCUCAUGCACUCGAAUAUCUGCACCAUCUUUGUGAAGAACCAAUCAUUCAUUGUGACCUCAAGCCAAGCAAUAUUCUACUCGAUGAGGAAAUGGUUGGCCAUAUAAGUGACUUUGGCUUAGCAAAAAUCCUUUCUGCAGACAAACUUAACUAUUCUGCUAAUCAGUCAAGCUCUCUUGGAUUAAGAGGAACUAUUGGUUAUGCUCCACCAGAAUAUGGCUUGGGAAGUGAGUUGUCAACAAAAGGUGAUGUGCACAGCUAUGGCAUUCUUUUGCUAGAGAUGUUUACAGGGAAGAGGCCAACUCAUGACAUGAGAGAUCUAGACAUAGAACACCUGGAAACAUCACUUUCAGUGACAGACAUCUUCAACACUUGA